AUGGAUGAAAAUUAUUCUCACGAUCUUUUAAUAGUAAUUAUCCAACAGUUGAUUGCAAUUGUUGGACUUAUUCUUAAUUUAACAGUUGUUUGGGUGACUUACAAACACAAAAAUCUUCAAACAAGUUAUGGAUUACUUCUUUCUAUUAAUUGUCUUUGUGAUGCAAUUCUCGAGUCUGGAAAAUUUUUGCCAACAUUACUAGUGUUAAUUCACACAAAGAUUCCUAUUACAUAUUGUUCUUUUGCUACAAGCUGGCAAAGUAUAGUCGUUGCGGCAAAUUCCAACUUUAAUAUGUUGUUCAUUAGCGUAGAUCGCAUUGUUUCUCUGCUUUUUCCAAUUUUGUAA